GCGGCGGCGGUGGUGGCGCUGGGAGCUCCUGUCACCGCUGGGGCCGGGCCGGGCCGGGCGGGAGCGCAGGGGACGUGAGGGCGCGAGGCCCGGACAUGGGGCCCGCCAGCCCCGCAGCUCGCGGUCGGGGCCGCCGCCGGGGCCCGCCGCCGCUGCCGCUGUUGCUGCCGCUGUCGCUGCUGCUUCUGCGCGCGCAGCUCGCCGUCGGGAGCCUGGCUGGUGGGAGCCCCAGCGCGGCCGAGGCUCCGGGGUCGGCCCAAGUGGCUGGGCUAUGUGGGCGUGUAACCCUUCACCGGGACCUGCGCACCGGUCGCUGGGAACCGGACCCACAGCGCUCGCGGCGCUGUCUCCUGGACCCGCAGCGCGUGCUGGAGUACUGCAGACAGAUGUACCCAGAGCUGCACAUCGCCCGCGUGGAGCAGGCUGCGCAGGCCAUCCCGAUGGAGCGCUGGUGUGGGGGCAGCCGAAGCGGCAGAUGCGCCCACCCGCACCAUGAGGUUGUGCCCUUCCAUUGCCUGCCUGGCGAAUUCGUGAGCGAGGCCCUGCUGGUGCCCGAAGGCUGUCGGUUCUUGCACCAGGAGCGAAUGGACCAGUGUGAGAGCUCAACCCGGAGGCAUGAGGAGGCUCAGGAGGCCUGCAGCUCCCAGGAGCUCAUCCUGCACGGCUCUGGCAUGCUUUUGCCCUGUGGCUCUGAUCGGUUCCGGGGUGUGGAGUAUGUGUGCUGCCCCCCUCCAGCAACGCCCAACCCGUCCCGGAUGGCAGUUGGCGACCCCUCUACCCGGUCCUGGCCCCUGGGGGACAGAGCAGAGGGAGGUGAGGAUGAGGCAGAGGCGGAGCCCUUCCCUCAGCCAGUGGACGACUACUUUGUGGAGCCUCCCCAGGCUGAAGAAGAGGAGGAGGAGCAGGAAAGGGCCCCACCUCCCAGCUCACACACCCCUGUCAUGAUCAGCAGAGUCACUCCUACCCCGAGGCCCACUGACGGUGUGGAUGUUUACUUCGGCAUGCCUGGGGAGAUCAGCGAGCAUGAGGGGUUCCUGAGGGCCAAGAUGGACCUGGAGGAACGCAGGAUGCGCCAGAUCAAUGAGGUGAUGCGUGAGUGGGCCGUGGCCGACAGCCAGUCUAAGAACCUGCCGAAGGCCGACAGGCAGGCCCUGAAUGAGCAUUUCCAGUCCAUUCUGCAGACCCUGGAGGAGCAAGUGUCUGGCGAACGGCAGCGCCUGGUGGAGAUCCAUGCCACCAGGGUCAUCGCCCUGAUCAACGACCAGCGCCGAGCCGCCCUGGAAGGCUUCCUGGCGGCUUUGCAGGGUGAUCCGCCUCAGGCUGAUGGAGUCCUGACGGCCCUGAGGCGAUACCUGCGUGCCGAGCAGAAGGAGCAGAGGCACACGCUGAGGCACUACCAGCACGUGGCCGCUGUGGAUCCCGAGAAGGCCCAGCAGAUGCGCCUUCAGGUCCAGACCCACCUUCAGGUGAUUGAAGAACGAAUGAAUCAGAGCCUGGGGCUGCUGGACCAGAACCCUCACCUGGCUCAGGAGCUGCGGCCCCAGAUCCAGGAGCUUCUCCACUCUGAACACUUGGGUCCCAGCGAACUGGAAGGUUCCGUGCCUGGCAGCAGCAGUGAGGACAAGGGUGGGCCUCAGCCUCCUGAAUCAAAAGACGCAGACACCCCAGAGACCCUUCCGAAAGGAUCCACGGAUCAAGAUUCCUCCUCCUCUGGGAGAGAGAAGGUGCCCCCACUGGAGCAGUAUGAGCAAAAGGUGAACGCGUCUGUGCCGAGGGGCUUUCCCUUCCACUCAUCGGAUAUCCAGCGGGAUGAACUGGCGCCGGCUGGGACUGGAGUGUCCCGGGAAGCUGUGUCCGGCCUGCUGAUCAUGGGAGCUGGAGGGGGCUCCCUCAUUGUCCUGUCCUUGCUCCUUCUGCGGAAGAAGAAGCCCUACGGGACCAUCAGCCAUGGAGUGGUUGAGGUGGACCCCAUGCUCACCCUGGAGGAACAGCAGCUCCGGGAACUUCAGAGGCACGGCUAUGAGAACCCCACCUACCGCUUCCUGGAGGAACGCCCCUGACCCCGCCCCUGGCUGCCCGCAGCCCAGCCCAGACUGCCCUUCUUCCAGGCCCCUGAUCCCAGCUCCCAGCCUCCUGGGGGGGAGGGAGACCCUGACAAAUUCAUUCGUAUUUCCCCUUCCCAGGUCCAGAUUCCACCCCGUUAGAAGUUCCCAGCUGCUGCCCCACGAGGGACCCCCUCACCGUAAUUUAUUUUAUGCUAAUUUAUUGCUUCUUAAGGUGACCACCACCGCCUGGGGUCCCAGUGUGUGCGCUCCCUGGAAUUCACUAACCCACUAACAUCCCAAUAAAGUCCCCUCCCCCACCAGGCCA